CUCAUACACUCUCACAAUGGCCACCUACGCUCUCUCCCCCGCCCACCGGAACCAAAUGGAGGUGUCCCUCGUGGACAGCGAUCCUGAGAUCGCCCAGAUCAUGGAGAAGGAAAUCCAACGUCAGCGUGAAUCCAUCGUCCUGAUCGCUUCGGAGAACUUCACCUCCCACGCUGUCUUCGAUGCCUUGGGCUCCCCCAUGUGCAACAAGUACUCCGAGGGUUACCCCGGUGCUCGCUACUACGGUGGCAACCAGCACAUCGAUGCCGUUGAGCUUACCUGCCAGGCUCGUGCCCUCAAGGCCUUCAACCUGGACCCCGCCAAGUGGGGUGUCAACGUGCAGUGCCUCAGUGGUAGCCCUGCCAACCUGCAGGUCUACCAGGCCCUCAUGCGCCCUCAUGACCGCCUCAUGGGUCUUGACCUUCCUCACGGUGGCCAUCUGAGCCACGGUUACCAGACUCCCGCCAAGAAGAUCUCCGCUGUCUCUACUUACUUCGAGACCCUCCCCUACCGUGUCAACCUCGAGACCGGCAUCAUUGACUACGAUACCCUGGAGGCCAACGCUGAGCUGUACCGCCCCAAGUGCUUGGUUGCUGGUACCUCUGCCUACUGCCGCCUGAUCGACUACGCUCGUAUGCGUAAGAUCGCUGACAAGGUUGGCGCCUACCUCAUUGUCGACAUGGCUCACAUCUCCGGUCUGAUUGCUGCCGGUGUCAUCCCCUCCCCCUUCGAGUACGCCGACGUUGUCACCACCACCACCCACAAGUCCCUCCGUGGUCCCCGUGGUGCCAUGAUCUUCUUCCGCAAGGGUGUCCGCAGCACCGACCCCAAGACUGGCAAGGACAUCCUGUAUGACCUUGAGAACCCCAUCAACUUCUCCGUCUUCCCUGGUCACCAGGGUGGUCCCCACAACCACACCAUCACCGCUCUUGCCGUUGCCCUCAAGCAGGCUGCUUCCCCCGAGUUCAAGCAGUACCAGGAGCAGGUCAUCAAGAACGCCAAGGCCCUCGAGAACGAGUUCAAGGCUCUCGGCCACAAGCUCGUCUCCGACGGCACUGACAGCCACAUGGUCCUCGUCGACCUUCGCCCCAAGAGCUUGGACGGCGCUCGUGUCGAGGCUGUCCUCGAGCAGAUCAACAUUGCUUGCAACAAGAACUCCAUCCCCGGUGACAAGUCUGCUCUGACCCCCUGCGGUAUCCGUAUUGGUGCCCCCGCCAUGACCACCCGUGGUAUGGGUGAGGAGGACUUCAAGCGCAUUGCCCGCUACAUCGACCAGUCCAUCGACCUCUGCAAGAAGGUCCAGAGCGAGCUCCCCAAGGAGGCCAACAAGCUCAAGGACUUCAAGGCCAAGGUCGCCUCGGAGACUGUCUCUGAGAUCCUCGCCCUCCGCAAGGAGGUUGCUGAGUGGGCCAGCACCUUCCCUCUCCCCGUCUAAAUUUUCAAUAUGAUACCAUAACAUUGUUUCGUCUUUUUGUUUGUAUUUUUGAUCACGAGUUCAACAUCAUUGCGUGCAAAAAAGGAUUGCCGGUCGGUGCGUUCUAAGGGGUUUAUACAGGUCUGCUUUUUCAACCUUACGCGGGUCAUGGGAUAUGGAUAUGCAUGAGCAUGUGAAUGAACAAUAGCACUGGGAUGGGCUUCUUCAACACUUCUUCAACAGGGCAGGAAAAGUUCGUGGUUGCAUGAGGCUUAUGCCUGGUUGUCUGUUACCUACCUAUAGGUACUAUGAACUAAAAUAGAAAGAUAAUAAUUCCUGAGACAGUGCCUUGUAAUUGUAUAUAUUGUGG